GUGCAGUCGUGCCUUGCUGAUCAGCAGGGGGAACUGCUGGGGCAUUUCCUCUUUUCUCCUCCCCAGGGACAGCACGCUGGCUGACGCCACUAAGAGUGGCCUCCUUCUCCGCCUACCUGUGCCGCCCCAGUGCUGGGAAGACUGCCAGCCGGGCAUUCGGCGCAGCUGGCCGAGAACACGGCCUUGGGGAGGUUUAAGUUGCACCAGGUCUGUCUCGGGGUGUCUGCCUCCGGUUCACCCAGGCCCAGGGAGGGGAAGAGCUGUGGGAAAGUGGAGACGGCACUGGCAAGAGGAAAGGAGGAUUUUUCUGUCUUAUGUUAAACCACGGUGCCCCGGGCUCCAAGUCGGGCAGGAGCCCUGCCAGCUUUCCUGGGGGGAGCUAAGACCCAGGCCAUGGCCUAGCUGCCCAAAGGAGAAGGAGCUGACCCACAGCCCCAGGCCCUCGGACCAUCCCACGCACUCGCUGAGCACUCUUCAUCGGAGGAGCCGGCUGCAGCGUCCCAAGGAUGGGCUGCGUCAAGUCCAAGGAAUUGGGCACGACGAUGAAGAUCCUGAAAGGCAACUCGGGCCCCAGCCUCCAGCAGGCCCAUUACGUGAAGGACCCCACGUCCACCAACAAGAGAAGCAAUGUUUCCAGCGUGGCUCCACCCCUGCCUGCUGAUGGCUCAGAGGACUGCUUGGUCCUGGCUCUCUACGACUAUGAAGUGACGCACAGUGGAGAUCUGAGCUUCCAGAAGGGCGAGCGCAUGAAGGUCCUGGAGGAGGCUGGAGAGUGGUGGAAGGCCAAGUCGCUCACCACGGGAAAAGAAGGCUACAUCCCUAGUAACUAUGUGGCUCGGGUGAACUCCCUGGAGACCGAGGAGUGGUUCUUCAAAGGCGUCAGCCGGAAGGAUGCUGAGCGGCAGCUCCUGACCCCUGGGAACAUGAUCGGCUCCUUCAUGGUACGGGACAGCGAGACCACCAAAGGCUGCUACUCCCUGUCCGUGAGGGACUUCGACGUGCAGAACGGGGACACGGUGAAGCAUUACAAGAUCCGGACGCUGGACGACGGCGGCUUCUACAUCUCCCCGCGCAACAGCUUCUCCACUCUGGUAGAGCUGGUCGACCACUAUAAGAACCAGAGUGAUGGGCUGUGCCAGAAACUCACGUUCCCCUGCACGGCGCCGAAGCCCCAGAAGCCUUGGGAGAAGGACGCCUGGGAAAUCCCCCGCGAGUCCCUGAAGCUGGAGAAGAAGCUGGGAGCUGGGCAGUUCGGAGAAGUGUGGAUGGCCACCUACAACAAGCACACCAAGGUGGCAGUGAAGACCAUGAAGCCGGGCAGCAUGUCCGUGGAAGCGUUCCUGGCGGAGGCCAACCUCAUGAAGACGCUGCAGCACGACAAGCUGGUGAAGCUGCAUGCGGUGGUGACCAAGGAGGAGCCCAUCUAUAUCAUCACCGAGUUCAUGGAGAAAGGCAGCUUGCUGGACUUCCUGAAGAGCGAUGAAGGGAACAAGCAGCCUCUCCCAAAGCUGAUCGACUUCUCCGCUCAGAUCGCAGAAGGAAUGGCUUUCAUCGAGAAGAGAAACUACAUCCACAGGGACCUGAGGGCCGCCAAUAUCCUGGUGUCAGCAAUGCUGGUGUGCAAGAUCGCAGACUUCGGCCUGGCCAGAAUCAUCGAGGAUGAGUACUUGGCACGGGAAGGUGCCAAGUUUCCCAUCAAAUGGACAGCGCCAGAAGCCAUCAACUACGGGUCUUUCACGAUAAAAUCGGAUGUCUGGUCCUUUGGGAUCCUCCUGAUGGAGAUAAUUACCUACGGACGCAUCCCAUACCCAGGGAUGUACAACCCAGACGUGAUCCGUGCACUGGAGCGUGGGUACCGUAUGCCGCGCACAGAUAACUGCCCGGAAGAGCUGUAUGACAUCAUGAUGAGAUGCUGGAAGAACAAACCAGAGGAUCGCCCCACCUUUGAGUACGUCCAGAGUGUCUUGGAGGAUUUCUUUACUGCAACGGAGAGCCAGUACCAGCAUCAGCCUUAAGGUGGAAAAUCCAGGGCAGGCAAUGAAUAGCCAUCUACCAUGCAUACCAUAUGACCUGGAGCAUACAACAGUCUCUUCCUCCCCUGCUCCAUCCCUCUCUUCAUCAUCUUUGCUCGUACCCUGGCACUGUCAGCCCGCUCUUAGCAACCAAGGAUUUCCUGCCGCAGUUCUUGGGAGGCAAGAAUGCAGUGGCUUUGUGUGGGCUGCGUGAUUUUUGGAUAAGCUCACUGGGACUUGGACCAGAGACUGGCUCGGAAAGCCCAGAUGCAGCAGAAAGUCUCUGCAGGUGGUGCCAUUCCCUGCACUUCCAUAUUGAACUGAUGCCCUCACAGAGUGGAAGGCGGCACUGCGGUGUAGGGAGCGCUUUCUCUCUGAGGACUUACCAAGUUGUGUGAUUUGGACCCUCUAAAAACAACCAGGGCUUUUCUUUUUGUGCAAAGGUAGCUGCUUUACACAUACAGGACAUCAGAGCCAACGGCACAAGGCAUCAUUCUGCUCUAACGAGCCUCCUCCCCUCACACAGUUUAAAACUAGUUUAGUUUUGCUCCCCAUCUCAAACUGUCGUGUGCUGGAGCUGUGUGCUAUUUAAUCAGUUGCUGGAUUUCUGCCCCUCCCCAGAGGUGGCUGCAUUUUGGGGUUCGAUGAGGAAGGGGAAGCUUGUAAAAUGGUUUGUUAAAGGGUGUGUAUUGCAGUGUAAAAUGGUCUGAAUUGUAUUUAACCAAGUUACGUAUCGACUUCCUGAGGGCAGGAA